AUGAACGGAAACGAUUCGAAGUAUGCUGUGAACCUCACACCACAGAACUGGGUGACCGGCCACUCUGGAGAAGGGACUGAUGCCGUUGUGAUCCUGGAAAAGACACCGUUCCAGGAGGAGAAAAUAUCUGACCUGCUGGAAAAGCACACAAAACUGGAGCUGCAGAUGUCCAAUGAUAUUUACAGUACUUACCACCUCUAUCCUCCCCCGGAGCUGAACCAGAUAAAAACCACAGUGGUGUAUCCUGCCACAGAGAAACAUCUUCAGAAAUAUCUCCGUCAAGAAGUGCACCUCAUCCGAGAAACCUGGGAGGAUUACGAGACCGUGACGCUGCCCUUCAUACAAUCCCAGAGCUUCAGCAUCCAGUGGGUCUAUAAUAUCCUGGAGAAGAAAGCUGAGGCUGAUCGAAUAAUCCAUGAAAACCCAGAUCCCUGCAAUGGCUUUGUUCUGGUUCCAGACUUUAAGUGGAAUCAAAACCAGCUAGACGACCUCUAUUUGAUAGCCCUUGUUCACCGCCGGGAGAUAAAAUCACUUCGGGACCUCACCGCUGAGCACCUGCCUCUGCUGAAGAACAUCUUGCAAGAGGGCAAGGAAGCCAUAGCAAAGCGCUUUGGUGUGGCCGGCUCCCAGCUGCGAAUCUACCUGCAUUACCAGCCGUCCUACUACCACUUGCAUGUGCAUUUCACUGCCCUGGGCUAUGACGCCCCGGGCAGCUCCGUGGAGAGAGCCCAUCUCCUGGCGGACGUGAUUGACAACCUGGCGCUCGACUCCGAGUACUACCAGAAACGGGCCUUGACCUUCGCCCUUCGGGCAGACGAACUUCUGUUUAAGAAAUUCCAGGAAGCAGGGAGAGUUUGAGCUGGCAGAGCUGAAUGCAGAGUUACUUUUGUACCUUUUUAUUUUAAUAAAUAUGGAUUUUUUUUAAAAGGUUUUCGGUGCCUUUUUUAACUCGGGUUUUGUACAAAUUGGCACUGACAGUCCAUUGCUAUGGAAACUGCUCCUUCUGUUUAAGUCA